GCCUCGAGGCGGCCGAUUCCUUGCCCUGAUUUCCCCCGCCGCCUCGCCUCAUCUUGGCCGGCUGCCUCCCCUUGCCAGCUCGGCCGCUCCCUCUGCUCAGUCCCCACGAAGAAACGACCCUGCCAGCAGCCAGCCAGCCUCGGUCCCUCGCUGUCUCUGCCGCCGCCGCCGCUGCUGACUGCUAGCUGCGCGCCCGCGCCGCCACACCGGUGGUGCCCCAUCUCCGCGCCGGAACCUGAACGCAGCGGGCCAGCAGCUGCGCCCCUCCAGUCCUGCCUCUCGCCGGCGACUGACCAAGCCCUAGAGCGCUGCAAAGAUGCCUCAGGUGAUGGUGGUAGCGCGGAAUUUCAUGGACAUGGUGGCCGCUCUGCCUGCCUCCAAACUCGACAUGCUAUAUGAUUCCGCCUUCAUCUGUGAGGCUGUGCUCAGGUCGUUCCCACCGCUGGCAAAGAAGUAUGUGCUUCAGAUGCUGUACGUGUCGGCGCCAGUGCCUGCUGCAGCUAUUGAGGAGUGGGUGCUGGAUGAGUAUGCCUCGAAGCACAAGGUUGCCAUCGAUAGGCUGGUCCAACUUAGGGUCUUUGUUGAAGUACGUGAUAGAAGAAAGGAGGUGAGCUACAGGAUGAACAAUAAGUUCCAGGCGAACAUGCAGAAGUAUUUGGUAAGCGGUGGAAGUUUACCAAGGGAACCGGUACCAUCGAGUAUUACUUCCAGAUUGCCUACAGUAACAGAACUAGAAAACUAUGCUCUUGAGCAAUGGGAGUGUUUUUUGCUGCAAUUGAUCAACUCAUCCCAAGUUGAGAAAGGGACAAGUUUCAGCUCGUCUAUGAUGAGAACGUUCCAGAGAGGUCUUCUGAGUUCAAGGGAUAAUGAAGCUCCCAAGUUAUCUGAGAAUGGCUUCCAGUUUCUGCUAAUGGAGACAAAUGCACAACUUUGGUACAUAAUGCGGGAAUACAUUUCAUCAGCAGAGGAACGUGGUGUUGACCCCACAGAGUUGAUAUCGUUUCUCUUGGAACUUAGUUUCCAUACACUGGGAGAUGCUUAUAGCUUGAAUACUCUGACCGAUGUCCAAAGAAUUGCCAUUAGGGAUCUGGCGGAGCUGGGGCUAGUCAAAUUGCAGCAGGGUCGAAAAGAUAGCUGGUUCAUACCUACAAAAUUGGCUACAAACCUUUCAUCGAGCUUGUCAGAUUCAUCUGCCAGCAAAGAGGGCAUUGUGGUGGUGGAGACAAACUUCAGGCUGUAUGCCUACUCUGCUUCCAGAUUGCACUGUGAAAUUCUACGGCUUUUUUCGAGGGUGGAGUAUCAACUUCCGAACCUCAUCGUGGGAGCUAUUACAAAAGAAAGUCUUUAUGGUGCUUUUGACAACGGGAUCACUGCUGAACAGAUAAUCGCGUUCCUCCAGCAAAAUGCCCACCCUCGUGUUAUCGACAAGAUACCUAUAGUCCCAGAGAACGUCACAGAUCAGAUUAGGUUGUGGGAGAACGACCGUAACAGGGUCGAGAUGGUCCUAUCACAUGCGUACGAAGAUUUCCCGAGCAAGGACAUGUUUGAGCAGUGCUGUGACUACGCAAGGGAUAACGGGUUCUUGCUGUGGGAGGACGCAAAGAAGAUGAGGCUGAUAGUGCGAGGAGAGUUUCACGAAGAAAUGCGGGUGUUCCUUCGGAGGCAGAGAUGAAUGCCUUGUUGAUCCAAGGAAUUAAAGAGAACGUUUGGAGAGAAGAAGUUGCAUCUCUCUCUGUACAACACUUGACGGCUUGAAUUCGUCAGACUACUCUUGAACGAUGCUCAGUUGCAGCAGGCAGAUGCAGAUGUGGAGAGCACUGUGCUCAAGAGUCUCGAAGCAGUGUAAUUUUAUAGUGAGCUGUUAGGCUUAGUUUUUUGUUUUCUCUGUGCUUAGUUCGAAAGCUGGGAUAGAAAUAGUAGAAGAUUUUUUUUUUCUGUUGGCUGAAUCGAAUUAAACACAGAGCAACUGUUUUGUCUAGAGUACUCUUCCUAUGAUUUAUAGCAAAAUGUCAGCAAUAAUUUUUUCUA